AUGUGGGCAGCGUCUGCUCGCCUCUCCAGACAGCAUGUGAGGCCUGCUUACGACAGGAUCCCACCACGCUCAGGCAAAGCAAGAGGGAGGAUCGUGAAGCCACUCGAUCCUGCAAAUGCGACGGAUCUCAAGUGGCGACGUCUGAAUGAGAACAUUCAAGGCCCCACUGGAGGACCCAGCCUCGUGGAGCGUAUGAAGGAGUCCACUGUCAAUAUUCUUGCCGCUCUUGACAGUGGCUUCCACGCUCGCAUGGGUGAUAUUGAGCGGAAAAUGCGCCAAAACAUCCUCGAAACUUUCGACAACUCGUUCCCGAUGUAUGAACGCGAACCCAAUGCAAAGGAUCGAGAGGAAAAGGUCCUGGAGGUCGUCGACAAGGGCCUUCAGAGAUAUCACUACCUCAAGCGACUCGUGGACAACCCUAAGACGUAUGAGCUUGACAAAUGA